AUUCCUCGGCCUUCUCCCUCCUGGCCGUCCGCUGCUCCGCUCGUCCCCGCUCCGAGCGCCCCCAAGUCCCUGCGCCGUGCUCUCCCGGCCUUCCGCCCAGCAGCUCCCGGCAGAGCUGUGGCAAAGACCCGCCUCCGCAUCCCGCCGGACCUGCAGGGGGUCACUUCCCCUCUCCGGGUUUCAGUUUCCUCGUGUGUCAGGCGGCGCUGGGCCGGACUGGCUCGGAUCGAAGUCCUCCGCUCGCGACCGCUGGCCCGAGCCCCAGCCUCCCAGCCGGACGCCGCCUCCGCUGGCUCCGUGCAGCCCGCGCUCUCCUGCCCCGGGACAAUCCUCGCCUUGUCUAAGGCUGCGGCUUCUAGAGUUUUCAGUAGCCUCGGGCUACGCCUUUUUUUUCCAGGGCGGAGCCCGAGCCCUGCACCUCCACUCAGCGGGCCGCAGGGCAGCCCCUGUCCCUCUGCACACAGACCCUCCCCGGAGUUGAGAUCCAGGCACACAGCCCAGGCGCCCUGCGGCCCUGUGUUCCUUCUCCGCCGGCUUCCCGCCAUGGCCUCCUGGGGCCCGGGACUCCCGCUCCCGCUGGGGCUCCUGCUGUUGCUGCUGCCUCCGCCUCCUGCGACCUCUGCUUCCGACCGUCCGCGGGUCAAAGACCCGGUCAACCCAGAGAAGCUGCUGGUGAUCACGGUGGCCACAGCUGAGACGGAAGGAUACCGGCGUUUCCUGCGGUCAGCAGAGUACUUCAACUACACAGUGCGGACCCUGGGCCUGGGACAGGAGUGGCGAGGGGGUGAUGUGGCCCGAACGGUUGGUGGAGGACAGAAGGUCAGGUGGCUAAAGAAAGAAAUGGAGAAAUAUGCUGACCGGGAGGAUAUGGUCAUCAUGUUUGUGGACAGCUACGACGUGAUUCUGGCUGGCAGCCCCUCAGAGCUGCUCAAGAAGUUCGUCCAGAGUGGCAGCCGCCUGCUCUUCUCUGCGGAGGGCUUCUGUUGGCCUGAAUGGGGGCUGGCAGAGCAGUACCCUGAGGUGGGCACGGGGAAGCGCUUCCUCAACUCUGGUGGGUUCAUCGGCUUUGCCCCCACCAUCCACCAAGUCGUCCGCCAGUGGAAGUACAAGGAUGAUGACGACGACCAGCUGUUCUACACUCGACUCUACCUGGACCCUGGGCUGAGGGAGAAACUCAGCCUCAACCUGGAUCAUAAGUCCCGCAUCUUUCAGAACCUCAAUGGGGCCUUAGAUGAGAUAGUUUUAAAGUUCGAUCGGAACCGCGUGCGUAUCCGGAAUGUGGCCUAUGACACGCUUCCUGUUGUGGUCCACGGGAAUGGUCCCACUAAGCUCCAGCUGAAUUACCUGGGAAACUAUGUCCCUAACAGCUGGACUCCCCAGGGAGGCUGUGGGUUCUGCGGCAGGGACCGGAGGACACUCCCGGGGGGGCAGCCUCCCCCCCGGGUGCUUCUGGCCGUGUUUGUGGAGCAACCUACCCCAUUCCUGCCCCGCUUCCUGCAGCGGCUCCUGCUCCUGGACUACCCCCCAGACAGGGUCACCCUGUUCUUGCAUAACAAUGAGGUGUACCAUGAGCCCCACAUCGCAGACUCCUGGCCCCAGCUCCAGGACCACUUCUCUGCUGUGAAGCUGGUGGGGCCAGAGGAGGCCCUGACCCCAGGCGAGGCCAGGGACAUGGCCAUGGACAGUUGUCGGCAGGACUCCGAGUGUGACUUCUACUUCAGCCUGGAUGCCGACGCCAUCAUCACCAACCAGCAGACCCUGCGCCUCCUCAUUGAAGAAAACAGGAAGGUGAUAGCACCCAUGCUGUCCCGCCACGGAAAGCUGUGGUCCAACUUCUGGGGGGCCUUGAGCCCCGACGAGUACUAUGCUCGGUCUGAGGACUACGUGGAGCUGGUGCAGCGGAAGCGAGUGGGCGUGUGGAAUGUGCCCUACAUAUCCCAGGCGUACGUGAUCCGUGGUGAGACCCUGAGGACAGAGCUGCCCCAGAGGGAGGUCUUCUCGGGCAGCGACACUGACCCAGACAUGGCCUUCUGUAAGAGCCUGCGGGACAAGGGGAUCUUCCUCCACCUCAGCAAUCAGCAGGAAUUUGGCCGCCUCCUGGCCACCUCCCGGUAUGACACUGACCAUCUGCACCCUGACCUCUGGCAGAUCUUCGACAACCCCCUGGACUGGCAGGAGCAAUACAUUCAUGAGAACUACAGCCGGGCCCUCGAAGGGCAGGGGCUCGUGGAGCAGCCAUGUCCAGACGUGUACUGGUUCCCGCUGCUGUCAGACCAGAUGUGCGACGAGCUGGUGGAGGAAAUGGAACAUUACGGCCAGUGGUCAGGAGGCCGGCAUGAGGACUCCAGGCUGGCCGGAGGCUAUGAGAACGUGCCCACCGUGGACAUCCACAUGAAGCAGGUGGGCUAUGAGGACCAGUGGCUGCAGCUGCUGAGGACAUACGUGGGGCCCAUGACAGAGAGCCUGUUCCCAGGCUACCACACCAAGACCCGGGCAGUGAUGAACUUUGUGGUCCGCUACCGGCCGGAUGAGCAGCCGUCCCUGCGGCCCCAUCAUGACUCCUCCACCUUCACUCUCAACGUCGCCCUCAACCACAAGGGCCUGGAUUAUGAGGGAGGUGGCUGCCGCUUCUUGCGCUACGACUGCAUCGUCUCGUCCCCUCGGAAGGGCUGGGGGCUCCUGCAUCCCGGCCGCCUCACCCACUACCAUGAGGGGCUGCCCACCACUCGGGGCACCCGCUACAUCAUGGUGUCCUUUGUCGACCCCUGACACUCAACCACUCUGCCAGACCUGCCCAGCCGUCGUGCCUUCCCGGGGGGCCCCUCCGCGGAAGGGGGUCUGUCUGGCACCUCGCUUCCUGAGCGGAUGUUCGAUGUGCCUGGGACUGAAUGUGUCGCCUCCCCCCCCCCAACACGUGGCCCUCUCAGGAAGCUCCUGGAGCCCCUGGGGCCCCUCCUCCCGGUCCCAAGGACGCAUGGGGAGAAGGCUUCCGAGGGCUCCCCGUAUGAUAAAUUAUUGGCUCUCAGCCUCCCUCUCAAUAAAGGAGGAUUUGUAACCCUUGA